AUGGCGUCCGCGCCAACAAAGCAAGUCGUGCUGUUCCCCUUCCCGGCCAAAGGCCACCUCGCCGCCUUCCUCUCCCUCGCCGGCCUCCUCCACCGCCUCCUCCCGUCCACCACCAUCACGCUCGUCUCCACCCCGGCCAACGUCGCCGCCCUCCGAGCCGGAGCUGCCGCCGCGCCGUUCCUCAACCUCCACGCGCUCCCCUUCGACGCGGCCGAGCACGGCCUUCCUCCCGGCUCCGACUCGCCCGACACCAUCAUCCCGGCGCUCAUCAUCCGCCUCUACGAGGCGUUCGAGACGCUCCGGCCGGCCUUCGACGGCUUCAUCGCGUCGUCCCUCGCCGUCGCCGGCCGCGGGUGGGAGGAGGAUGCCUGCUCGGCUGAUCCCGUUCCCGGCGGCCCGCGCGUCGUCGUGGUCUCCGACGUGUUCGUGGCGUGGACGGUGGAGGUGGCGCGGCGGCACGGGUGCGGCCACGCCUUCUUCGUGUCGUGCGGCGCGUUCGGCAGCGCCGUGCUGCACUCCCUGCUCACCCACUUCCCGCUGCGCCCGGAGGAGACGACCGGACGGGUGCUCCUCCCGGAGUACCCCGACGUGGUCAUCCACAGGUCGCAGGUGUCCGUGCGGAUGCUCCACCGCCCGCCCGCCGCCGGUGCAACUGAUCACGACGGCGGCGGCUCCCAGGCCAACAGGAGGACGACGUUCUUCGACCGGCAGCUCCCCCAUGGCUACAAUACCGACGCGGUGCUGGUGAACACCGUGGCGGAGCUGGAGCCGGCCGGACUCGCCAUGCUUGCGCGGACGCUCAAGGUCCCCGUCUGGCCAGUCGGGCCGCUCACGCGCGACGCAGCCACCGACCGCCCCGACGACGACGAUGCCGCCGUCGCGCUGCGCUGGAUGGACGCGCAGCCGCCGGGAUCCGUGCUGUACGUGUCCUUCGGCACCAACGGCAUGCUACGCGCCGAACACAUGCUCGAGCUCGCCGCGGCGCUGGAGUCGAGCGGGCGAAGUUUCGUCUGGAAGAUCAAGCCGCCGGCCGACGAGCCCGGCCAUGACCACCACCACCACAACAACGACAGCUGGCUACCGGAAGGGUUCGAGGAGAGGGUGACCGCGAGCGGGAAGGGCCUGCUCGUCCGGCGGUGGGCGCCACAGGUGAGCAUCCUGGCGCACCCCUCGACGGCGGCGUUCCUGAGCCACUGCGGCUGGAACUCGGCGCUGGAGAGCCUCGCGCACGGCGUGCCGAUCAUCGGGUGGCCUCUCGCGGCGGAGCAGUGGUACAACGCGAUGGUGCUCGAGAACCUCGGGGCGUGCGUCGAGGUGGCGAGGGGGAGCGGCGACGGCACGGUGGUGGGAAGGAGGCGGGUGGCGGAGGUGGUGGAGACGGUGAUGGGCGACACGGCGAAGGGGAGGGACAUGAGGCGGCGGGUGCAGGAGCUCCGGCGGGUGAUGCUGGAUGCGUGGAGCGACGACGGCGGGUCUUCCAUAGAGGCGUCUCAAGCGUUCUUGGAAGCAAUGAAAUUGAAAUGA